CGGUCACAUGCGGUGGAAACCUCUGCAGCUUUUAAGGUGAGACGUGGACAGACCGCCAUCAGAUGCAGAGAACGCUGAGGAACGCUGAGGAACCCAACAAGAUGUCUCGCUUUCUGGACAUGAAGGAGUUUGGAGAAGCUGCUCGUUAUCUCCGCCUCACCAACCUGGAGCAGCUGGCUGCCAGGGCCCAGGCCUUCGAUGGGACGAAGCGCGUUUGGAUGCCGGAUGAAGCUGAAGCCUACAUCGAGGUGGAGGUCAGAGAGCUGGACGGAGACAAGACGACGGUGGAGACCCGAGAUGGACGGUUUGUGGUGGUGAGAGAAAGCGACCUGCAGCCCAUGAACCCUGCUAAGUUCGACAUGAUGGAGGACAUGGCCACGCUGACCCACCUCAACGAGGCGUCGGUGCUCUUCAACCUGCGGAGGAGAUACAGCAUGUGGAUGAUCUAUACCUACUCCGGCCUCUUCUGUGUGGCGGUGAAUCCCUACAAAUGGCUGCCGGUCUACGCGCCGGCGGUGGUCGCUGCCUAUAAGGGGAGGCGGCGCGCUGACACGCCCCCCCACAUCUACGCCAUCGCUGACGGAGCCUACAGCGACCUGCUGAAGAACCGAGAGAACCAGUCCAUGCUCAUCACCGGGGAGUCCGGAGCAGGAAAGACCGUCAACACCAAGCGGGUGAUCCAGUACUUUGCCACUGUGGCGGCUCUGGGGGAGAACGUGAAGAGAGGGCGCUCCCUGGAGGACCAGAUCAUUGAAGCCAACCCAGCAAUGGAGGCAUUCGGGAACGCCAAAACCAUCCGGAACGACAACUCGUCUCGCUUUGGGAAGUUCAUCCGCAUUCAUUUCGGUCCGUCUGGGAAGCUGGCGUCUGCUGACAUCAACAUCUAUCUUCUAGAGAAAUCCAGAGUCGUGUUUCAGCAACCAGGAGAGAGGAGCUACCACAUCUACUACCAGAUUCUGUCCAAUCACAAGCCAGAGCUGCAAGACAUGCUGCUGGUGACCUCCGACCCCUACGACUAUCACUUCUGCUGCCAGGGCGUGACCUCAGUGGAGGGCAUCAACGACGGCGAGGAGCUCAGCCUCACUGAUCGUGCCAUGGACACCCUGGGAUUCCCCCCAGAGGAGAAGUACGGCUGCUAUAAAAUCGUUGGAGCCAUCAUGCACUUUGGGAACAUGAAGUUCAAGAAGAAGCAGAGAGAAGAGCAGGCUGAAGCUGACGGCACAGAAAGUGGGGACAAGGCGGCGUACCUGAUGGGCAUCAGCUCCUCUGAGCUGCUGAAGGGGCUGCUCAACCCCAGAGUCAAGGUUGGCAAUGAGUUCAUAGUGAAGGGGCAGACGGUGGAGCAGGUGAACUACGCGGUGGCGGCUCUGUCCAAAGCCACGUACGACCGCAUGUUCAGGUGGCUGGUGGGUCGGAUCAACUUGUCUCUGUACACCGCUCUGCCUCGCCAGUACUUCAUAGGAGUCCUCGACAUUGCUGGAUUCGAGAUCUUUGAGCUCAACAGCUUUGAGCAGCUGUGCAUCAACUUCACCAACGAGAAGCUGCAGCAGUACUUCAACCACCACAUGUUCAUCCUGGAGCAGGAGGAGUACAGGGCCGAAGGGAUAGAGUGGACCUUCAUAGACUUCGGCCUGGACCUGCAGGCCUGCAUCGACCUCAUAGAGCGGCCCAUGGGGAUCCUGUCCAUCAUGGAGGAGGAGUGCAUGUUCCCCAAGGCCACCGACGGCAGCUUAAAGACCAAACUGUACGACUACCAUCUGGGGAAGUCACCCAACUUCCAGCGGCCACGGCCCGACAAGAAGCGCAAAUACGAGACCGCCUUUGAGCUGGUUCACUACGCUGGAGUGGUACCGUAUAACAUCACAGGCUGGCUGGACAAGAACAGAGAUCCUCUGAACGAGACGGUGGUCACUCUGUUCCAGAAAUCCUCCAACAAACUGCUGGCUGGGCUUUUUGAGGACUACGUCUGCUCUGACGCAGCCGGUGACCACAGCGGGGAAACCAGGCAGAGGAGGAGGAAGGCUGCAUCCUUCCAGACUGUUUCACAGAUGCACAAGGAGAACCUGAACAAGCUGAUGGCCAACCUGCGCAGCACUCAGCCUCACUUUGUCCGCUGCAUAAUCCCCAACGAGAGCAAGAGUCCAGGUGUGAUGGAUCCUUUCCUGGUCCUCCACCAGCUCAGGUGCAACGGAGUCCUGGAGGGGAUCAGGAUUUGCAGGAAGGGCUUCCCCAACCGGAUGGUUUACGCUGAAUUCAAACAGCGCUACCGCAUCCUGAACCCGUCGGCCGUCCCGGAGGACUCCUACAUGGACAGCAGGAAGGCCGCCGAGAAGCUGCUGGGCUCUCUGGACGUCGAUCACGGCCAGUACAAGUUCGGACACACCAAGGUGUUCUUCAAGGCGGGGUUGUUGGGACAGCUGGAGGACAUGAGGGACAGCCGUCUGUCCCACAUCAUCACCGCCGUCCAGGCCCGGUGCCGAGGGAAGCUGAUGAGGCUGGAGCUGCAGGAGCUGAUGCUGAAGAGGGACGCCUCCAUGGUGAUCCAGUUCAACCUGCGCGCCUUCUUCUCGGUGCGCACCUGGCCGUGGAUGAUGAUGUUCUAUAAGCUCCGCCCCCUGCUGAAGAGCGCCCAGGUGGAGAAGGAGCUGGCCGCUCUGAGGGAAGACUUCGCCAAGCUAAAGGAGGCUUUUGAAAGGUCGGAGGUCAGACGGCAGGAGGCCGAGCAGCAGCAGGUGGUUCUGGUCCAGGACAAAAAGGACCUGGCUCUGCAGCUUCAGGCUGAGCAGGACAACCUGAUGGACGCGGAGGACCGCUGCAAUCAGCUCAUCCAGUCUAAGAUCUCUCUGGAGUCGAAGCUGAAGGAGGCGCAGGAGCGUCUGGAGGACGAGGAGGAGGUGAGCGCCAGCCUGACGACGAAGAAGCGUCAGCUGGAGGACGAGGUGCUGUCGCUGAAGAGAGACGUGGACGACCUGGAGAUGACGCUGGCGAAGGCGGAGAAGGAGCGUCACGGCGUGGAGAACAAGGUGAAGAACCUGACGGGAGAGAUGCGCCUCCUGGACGAGUCGGUCGCCUCCCUGAGCCGAGAGAAGGCCGCUCUGCUGGAGGCUCACCAGCAGGUGCUGAUCGACCUUCAGGCUCAGGAGGACAAGGUCAACAUGCUGGCAAAGGUUAAAGGUCGUCUGGAGCAGCAGGUGGACGACGUUGAAACCUCGUUAGAGCAGGAGAAGAAGAACCGAGCUGAGCUGGAGCGAUGCCGGAGGAAGCUGGAGGGGGACCUGAAGCUCUGCAUGGACUCGGUGAAGGACUUGGAGAACCACCGGGAGCAGCAGGAGGAGAUGCUGAGGAAGAAAGACGUUGAGUUGAGUCAGUUCCACGAGAAGCUGGAGGACGAGCAGGCGCUGAGCGUUCAGCUUCAGAAGAAGACCAAAGAGCUUCAGACUCGAGUGGAGGAGCUGGAGGAGGCCCUGGAGGCGGAGCGGGCGUGGCGCCUCAAGGCCGAGCGUCAGAGGAACGACGUGGCCAAGGAGCUGGAGGAGCUGGGCGAGAAGCUGGAGGAGGCAGGAGGAGCUUCAGCGGCUCAGAUCGCCCUCAACAGGAAGCGAGAGGCGGACCUGCAGAAGAUGCGGCGGGAGCUGCAGGAGGCCGGGCUUCACCACGAGGCCAUCGCUGCCGGCCUGAGGAGGAAACACUCGGACACGGUGGCCGAGCUCAGCGAGCAGAUCGAUGCUCUGCAGAGAGCCAAACAGAAACUGGAGAAGGAGAAGAGCGAGAUCCGUCUGGAGGCCGACGACCUGGCCGCCAACGUGGAGCAGCUCGGCCGGGCGAAGGGGGCGGUGGAGAAGAUGUGCAGGCUCUAUGAAGACCAGCUGACUGAAAGCAGGAGCCGAGCAGAUGAGCUGCAGAGGCAGCUGAACGAGGUUUCUGCUCAGAAAGCACGGGCUCUGACUGAAACCGCGGAGUACAGCCGCCGUCUGGAGGAGCGGGAGGUCCUGAUUGGUCAGCUGCAGCGCUGCAAGGCUAACCUCAGCCAGGACACUGAGAACCUGAAGAAGCAAAUGGAGGAAGACAGCAAGGCCCGCGUGGCUCUGGCCCACGCCGUGCAAGCGUCCCGUCACGACUGCAGUCUGCUGAAGGAGCAGCUGGAGGAGGAGCAGGAGGCCAGAGCGGAGCUGCAGAGGGCCGUAUCCACCGCCAGCAGCCAGGUGGUCCAGUGGAGAGCCAAGUAUGAGACAGAAGCUGUGCUGAAGAUAGAGGAGCUGGAAGAUGUGAGGAAGAAGUUGGUUGUGAAACUGCAGAGCGCGGAGGAAGCCACGGAGGCAGCUCAGGCCAGGUGCUCCUCUCUGGAGAAAUCCAAGCAGCGUCUGCAAGCCGAGACGGACGAGCUCGCAGCGCAGCUGCAGCGCUCCAACGCUGCGAACCUGGCUCUGGACAAGAAGCAGAGAAACUUUGACAAGCUGCUGAGCGACUGGAAGCUGAAGUUUGAGGAAAGUCAGGCGGCGCUGGAGGCGUCUCAGAGAGAGUCUCGCAGUCUGAGCACAGAGCUGUUCAGGCUGAAGAGCAGCUAUGAAGAGGCUCUGGAUCAUCUGGAGACGGUCAAACGAGAGAACAAAAACCUGCAAGAGGAAGUCCUGGAGCUGGCGGAGCAGAUCAGCGAGGAAGGGAAGACCAUCCAUGAGCUGGAGAGGAUGAAGAAGAUCCUGGAUGUGGAGAAGAGCAGCAUCAGAGCGGCUCUGGAGGAAGCAGAGGGCACGCUGGAGCACGAGGAGGGCAAGAACCUGAGGUUCCAGACGGAGCUGCAGCAGAUCCGCACCGAGAUAGACCGAAAGGUUGCAGAGAAGGAUGAAGAGCUUGAUGCCCUCAGGAGGAACCACCAGCGCUCUCUGGACAGCAUGCAGGCCAGUCUGGAGGCAGAGAGCCGCAGUCGCAGCGAGGCGGUGCGUCUGAAGAAGAAGAUGGAGUCUGACCUGAACGCCAUGGAGGUUCAGCUGGCGUACGCCAACCGGCAGGCGGCCGAGAGCCAGAGGAUCAUCAGACACCUGCAGACACAGGUCAAAGAGCAGCAGGUGGAGCUGGAGGACAAGGUCCAGCUGGCCAAUCAGCUCCAGGAGCAGACGGUCCUGCUGGAGCGCCGCUGCUCACUGAUGACGGCCGAGGAGGCGGAGCUACGAGGGAUCCUGGAAGAGACGGACCGCGCCCGGAGGACGGCCGAGAACGAGCUGCUGGAGGCGUCAGAGAGAGUCCACCUGCUGGCCGCGCAGAACGCCGGCCUGCUGACCCAGAAGAGGAAGCUGGAGACGGACGUGUCUCUGCUGACAGGAGAGGUGGACGAGGCGAAGCAGGAGAGUCGCAGCGCGGAGGAGAAAGCCAAGAAGGCCAUCGCCGACGCGGCGCUGAUGGCUGAGGAGCUGAAGAAGGAGCAGGACAGCAGCAGCGUGCUGGAGAGGAUGAAGAGGAACAUGGAGUCCACCGUGAAAGAGCUGCAGGUCAAACUGGACGAGGCUGAGCAGGCGGCCCAGAAGGGAGGAAAGAAGCAGCUUCAUAACCUGGAGAGCAGGGUCCGGGAGCUCCAGCUGGAUCUGGCGGAGGAGAAGAAGAGGAGCGAGGAGUACCAGAAGGGCCUUCGUCGCUAUGAGCGGAGAGUCAAGGAGCUGACGUUCCAGUCAGAGGAGGACGGGAAGACUUUACUGAGGAUGCAGGAACUGAUCGAGAAACUUCAGACCAAAGCCAAGAGCUACAAGAGACAAGCGGAGAGCGCCGAGGAGCAGGUGAGCCACACCACUGUGCAUUUCAGAAAGAUCCAACACCAGCUGGAUGAUGCUGAGGAGAGAGCCGACAUCGCUGAGACCAGCGUCAACAGGCUGCGGGUUCAAAGCCGUGAGCGGAGCACCACGGUGGCGCUGAUCACAGAGUGAGGCGACGGGCCUCCAGCAUCAUCACAGUGUUCCUGAGGAGGUUCUAACAUCGCCGACGUUUAAUGAUGUUUGUGGUGAAACUCCUGCAGCUCCAGAUAAUAAACCUUUAUUUCUGCUGUUUUA